ACAAGCUUCGAUUCUCAAUCACAAAGCCCUACAUACAAAUACUAAAGUCAAAAUAGCUGCAUUUUAGUAUUGAAAUCCACGUAUUUUAUUAACAUGUUACGUUUAAAUUUGCAACGUUUUCAAUGUUAUAUACUGCGCAGUUUUGGAGGCACUUUACGGCGACGGGAUCCUCUAGAGCUGCGCAUUUUUGUGCAGGCGCAGCGUGCAUCUAAUCCUGGCACCUGUACGCUCUGGCAUCGUUUAGUAAGUCAAUAUCAGUUUCGCACCAAAAAGGCGGCAUACUAUCCUGAUCGCAAAUCGGAAUUAAAACGGACGUCUGCUGGCUCCCCAAAGUUAAUUCCUGUAGUGAAGCCACAGCAGCCUCGCGGUCUGCCCAAGGAUUAUUAUUACAAGGUGUUGGGCGUAAAUAAACAUGCGACUGUUCAACAAAUUAGAAGCGCAUUCUAUGCAUUGGCCAAACGCUAUCAUCCGGACUCGACACACUCGGAAGAGAAGCUUAAGCAUUUUCAGGAACUGUCCAAUGCCUACAAUAUACUAACGGAUGAAACAAAACGCUUGGAGUACGAUCAGCUGGGUGGUAUUAAGGACGAGCGCACCUUUCUGGAACAUGCAGGGAAUCCCAUGAACUUAGACCUGGGUGAGGCCAAGAAAUUAGAGGCACAACAGAGUUCAAACGAGGAGCUUAAAAAGUUAACUGGCAAUGACUUUCCGUUGUCACUUAGUUUUCUGGAGGCCACCGUUGGCUGUAAGAAGCGAAUAGAUUUGCGUUAUCUGCGCAAGUGUGAAAACUGCAAGGGCAAGUCUCCGCUAAUGGUAAAUAGGGACGUAGGCAAAGAGCCUUGUCGACGCUGUAAUGGCACUGGCAAGGUAACAACCAAGACGGUCACAUAUACAACCGUAAAUACCUGCGGUCAGUGCAAGGGCAAGCGGUACAUUAAUCGUAAUGACUGCGAGACGUGUGAUAACCGUGGCUUCGUGGUGGCCAAUGUCGAAGUUACUGUCACAGUGCCCUCUGGCUCUAAAGCCGGCGAUGUGAUCACCAUCGACAAUCCCAAUACGAAGCAGCGUGUUAACUAUCGCCUUGAAGUGCCAGAUAGCGAUUACUUCCGACGCAUAGGCAUUGAUAUACAUACGGAAAAGUAUAUAAACAUAUCGGAUGCAAUUCUAGGCGGCACCUUUACGGUUCGCGGUCUCUACGAGAACAUUGAUUUGCGCGUGGAGCCCGGUACUCAGUCCCAUACGAAAGUUGUGCUGCGAGGCAAAGGUGUGCGCGCUAAUGAUGGUGUGGGCAAUCAUAUUGUUACGUUAGUAGUGAAAAUUCCCCGCAAUCUGUCUAUGAAGCAGCGUCAACUAGUUCUGGCUUUGGCACAGGCUGAGGAUCCCGUUUUUGAGUGUCAGAAAGGCGUCUCUCAAGAGAUGAAUUGAAGGGUUGUGGUCGUGUAUACGUCCACGUUAAGAAAAUUCUCAAUGUACAAGCCUACUUUCGUUCAAAUACAGAUCAAUUGUGUACAUGAC